AUGGCGGAGACUAAGCCGGUUCGGGCUAAGACCUCCGGCGCCGUGAACACCGCUCCUGCGUCCGAGAGCGAUAGCAAGCAGCCCGUCACUUCGAGGCUCGGGCACCUGAAGCUCGGGUACCACUACUGCGUGACGCACGGCGGCACGCUACUGCUUAUCCCGCUGCUCGCGUUCCUGGCGGUGCAGGCGAAGCGGCACGUAACGCCGGACGAUCUCAUCCGUUUGGCGCAGCAUCUGGUGGAUACGCACCUGGUGGAGGUGGUGGUGGGAGCAUUCCUCCUGCUCAUUGUCGGCAUUGUCUACUUCCUCACGCGCCCCACCCCUGUGUACCUUCUCGACUUCAACUGCUACCGCCCCCCCGACUCGUUCACCGUCACCAUCCGCAACGCGCUCACCAUCGCGCGCUCCUGCGGCUUCCUCGACGAAAACGCGCUCGCGUUCCAAACCAAGGUGUUCGACCGAUCCGGGCUCGGCGACCGAACCUGCCUGCCGGCAUGUCUGCUCACCAUUCCGCCGACGCCGAGCCUGGCGGAGGCUCGGAAGGAAUUCGGGAUCGUGAUUUUCGACAUUCUGGAAGAUCUCUUCGCCAAGACCAAGGUUAACCCGAAGGACGUGGGCGUGCUGGUGGUGAAUUGCAGCCUUUUCUGCCCGACGCCGUCGCUCGCGUCCAUGAUCGUGAACAAGUUCAAGUUCCGCACGGACAUUCAGUCGUUCAAUCUGGGCGGCAUGGGCUGCAGCGCGGGUCUCAUCGCCAUCAAGCUCGCGCGCGACCAGCUUCAGGUGCAAAAGAACACGUACGCUGUCGUCGUAUCGACGGAGAACAUCACGCAGAAUCUGUAUCUCGGGCAGCGCAAAUCCAUGAUGGUCGCCAACUGCCUCUUCCGCAUGGGCGGCGCCGUGAUGCUGCUGACCAAUAAGCCGUCGGAGCGCUGGCGCGCCAAGUACCAGCUGCAGCACGUGGUGCGCACGCACCUGGGCGCGGACGACGCGGCGUACCGGUGCGUGUACCAGGAGGAGGACGACGGGGGGAUCGUGGGCGUGUCGCUGUCGCGCGAUCUGAUGAACACCGCGAGCACCGGGCUCAAGACCAACAUCACGACGCUCGGGCCGCGCGUGCUGCCGCUGUCGGAGCAGCUGCUAUUCGUCGCGAACCUGAUCGCGCGCAAGGUGCUGCGCAUGAAGAUCAAGCCGUACCUGCCGGAUCUCAAGCUCGCGUUCGAGCACUUCUGCAUCCACGCGGGCGGCCGCGCGGUGCUGGACGAGCUCGAGAAGGGCCUCGGGCUCACGCCGUACUUGGUGGAGGCGUCGCGCAUGGCGCUGUACCGCUUCGGAAACACGUCCUCGUCCACGCUCUGGUACGAGCUGUCGUACCUCGAGGCGCAGGGGCGCAUCCGGCGCGGCGACCGCGUGUGGCAGGUCGGGUUCGGGUCCGGGUUUAAGUGCCAGAGCGCGGUGUGGAAGGCGCUGCGGACGCUUGACCCGGCUAAGAACCAGGGGCCAUGGUGGGAGGAGGAGACGUCUAUCGAUGCGGCGCCGGCGCGUACUAAGUCGUCGUACGUGCCUGUUGAGGAGAUGAAGGUGGAAAAGGUAGAUUUGAGCCGCAUCCACCCCAGCCAGGUUGCGGCCGUGAACGCAACUGCUGCUGCUGCUGCCGCUGCUGCCGCUGCUGCCGCUGCUGCUGCUGCUGCUGCUGCUGCUCCUGCUGAUUCCGCAGCUGCUGCUCCAGCUCCGGCAACGGUCACUGCAUAA